CAUUUACACGCAUAACAGAAACAAGUUAGGAUUGUGCCUGGAAGUCAACCAAGCAGAACACCUUGUUCUCUAACUCUAACCUACUUCUGUUGCAAUGGACAACUCAUACAAUGGAGCUACGGCUGAAACUUUUCCCUGCUACUUACUUUCUGUGAAGGUCCUCCAAGCUCAAAACAUACCCUCAAAAGACUUAUUAAGUGCUUCUGACUGUUACGUGAGCCUUUGGCUACCAUCUUCUUCAAAUAUACAAACCUUGACCAAAACUAUCCUAAAUACUAGAAACCCUGUUUGGAAUGAAAGCUUCAAUUUCUUGAUCCAACCUGCGGUCAAAAACAUGCUAGAGCUGAAGCUCUAUGAUGAAGAUGUGGUCACCAAAGAUGACCUCAUUUUCACUGUGGUCUAUGAUAUUGCAAAACUCAGUCCGGGGGACACAGUUUAUGAAAACUUCAUCUUGAACUGCAAGGAUCAAGCCAGUCUAGAAGUAGAAUUCAAAAUGGGAAGCAUAUCUGGGGAUGUUGAGAGACUAAUUUCUAAUAACAUCUUAGUAGCCCGUGAGAUUUCUUGUUUGGAAGUUCAGAUGGACAGAUGGAGGAAUGAGGAGUGUUUGAAACGACAUAAAAAUGUUGAGCUUUUGGUGAAUGAAUCCUUUGAAGGAGCACAGAAGGUAACCCAGGACUCAGAAAUCUUCCACUUCCAUUGUGUAAAGAACUGGGAACCAAUGCUGAAAGUCAACAGAAAGAGUAAUUGGGGAAAUCUGUCCUUGGAUACUGCAAUUAACUCUCCAGGAAUGUCACUGAAAUCUCUUCCAGAGGACAAGGAAGCAAAAGUCACCUUCCCUUUAACAUUGAAUGAACAUUUGAAAUUUCAGCUCAAGGUUAACAAUUGCCUUGGACCUUUAGAUGUGCGUUUGGGACGUGAUCUCUGUGGAGCUGAGCAGGAUUUCCUUCAUAAGCGGAAGAAUGUGGUUGCUGCUGCUCUUCAAAAAGUUCUUAAGCUGGACCAGGAACUGCGAGGACUUAAGGUCCCAGUGGUAGCAGUCAUGGCAACUGGGGGAGGAGUCAGGGCCAUGUCAGGCCUCUGUGGCCACCUCCAUGCUCUUCAGAAGCUGAACCUUUUGGACUGUGUUACGUAUAUCACUGGAACCUCUGGCUCAACAUGGGCCAUGACAAAUUUGUAUGAAGAUGCUGAUUGGUCACAGAAGGACCUAGUGGGCCUGAUCCAUAAAGCAAGGAAAUAUAUUACCAAGAGGAAGUCACGUGCAUUCUCCAUGGAUGCGCUAAAGCACUAUGACAUGCAGCUGCAGCAGAGGGUUCAAGAGGGACACUCGGUUUCUUUUAAUGAUCUGUGGUCACUUAUUAUUGAUCGUAUGUUCCAUGAUGAGCUGAAUGACUUCAAACUAUCAAAUCAGCGCCAGGCAGUGAGUGUAGGACAAAAUCCAUUACCCAUCUACAUGGCCUUGAAUGUCAAGGAGAACUCCCAAAGCAGUUUUGAAUUUAAAGAGUGGUGUGAAUUCUCUCCCUAUGAGGUGGGAUUUCCUAAAUAUGGGGGCUUCAUUCCCUCAGAGAAUUUUGGAAGUGAGUUCUUCAUGGGACGACUGAUGAAGAAAAAACCAGAAUCUAAGGUCUGCUUUUUGGAAGGAGUGUGGAGUAAUAUAUUUUCCUUGAAUCUGGGAGAUGUCUGGAAUGCUCUUCAAAACUCAUACCUGCUCAGCCAGUCGCCCAUCCCAGGGAAAGAAAAAGAUGACAAUAAAGACAGCAGUCUAUCUGAAAAUCAAUCCCCUGGGCUUAAGACUGUUUGCUUCUCUCCAUCAAAUGGUUUCUCCAACAUUCUCAACAGAGUUCUGACUCAUCGCCCAAUAGGAAAAUCAACACCUAAUUUCCUGAGAGGUCUCCAAUUGCAUAAGGACUAUUACCAAGACAAAACAUUUGCUGCAUGGCAAGGAAUCAAACGUAGCUCUACAGAAAUGGGAAAAGGAAAGUUGGAUCUUACUAGCUUUAAGUCACCAUACAGAAUGACAAAUUUAACAUACACGGAAGAUGAUUUUGACAAACUGCUAAAUCUAUGUGACUAUAACAUCCAGAAUAACAGUGAACUGAUUUUGCAAGCUUUGCAGACAGCAGUAGAAAGAAGAUAA